GACAGACCUCAGACCUAAAUGUUAAUAAAUGAAUACAUGUUAAAUAAAUGUUGAAACAUUCACUCCGGGUACAAUUACAUAUUCAAAUUACCAAAUUAAAUGAGACAUAAAAAAAUACAAUUUUUGUGGCGAUUUCAUUUAGAAUGCGUUCACAGACAGACAGGACCGAGUUUAUUGGCAGCGGAGAAAUUUUUGUAUGCGUGAGACAGAGUUGAAACAAUUCUGCAUAAUGCCAGAUGUAAUAAUAACAAUUAGGAUGCUCAUGGUGGGGAAGGAGAUUGGUGCAAUUAUUGGAAAGGGAGGAGCGACGAUAGCGAGUUUCCGACAAAAAAGUGGAGCCAAGAUAAAUGUAUCUACAUCAAGUGGAACUCCAGAACGAAUUGUCACCGUCACUGGAGAGCAGUCACAAAUUAGAGAAGCUUUCAGACUCAUCACACAGAAGAUAGAAGAGGAUACCAAUUCGAAUGUCUCCAGCUCUGUUCCCGACAGAGUACCAGUUACACUUGUUCUCAUUGUUCCUGCCAGCCAGUGUGGAUCCAUUAUUGGUAAAGCGGGAUCUAAAAUAAAAGAAAUUCGUGAAACAUCUGCUUGUGCAAUUAAAGUUGGUGGUGAAAUGUUACCUGGAUCAACAGAAAGACCUGUAACUUUGAAUGGAACACCUUCUGCUAUUGUCAAAUGUGUUGAUCUAUUAUGUGAACAAAUGAUUCAAUUUCCUGCCAAGACUGCAACUGUACCAUACAAACCCAACAUGGGAUAUGAAUCUGUUGUUUUUCAUCAAGGCCAAGCUUACAUGUUACAAGGACAAUAUGCUAUUCCGAAUCCAGAUAUAACCAAGUUGCAUCAGAUAGCUGCAAUGCAUUCAUACACUGAAGAUAAACCAGGUUCGAGUUUGAUGGGGAAUUUUACGUCAUUUGCUACUCCUUCCAAAGGUUCAGGGCAUGGUGAGGUAGAUGCAGGUGUUUCUGGAUCGGUUAACCUGCCCACAAAAGUAUUGGAUGCAGACACGCAAGAGAUCACUGUUUCAAAUGAUACAAUUGGAUGCAUCAUCGGUCGAGGUGGAACAAGAAUUAACGAAAUCAGACUAAUGUCUGGUGCACAGAUUUCAAUCAAUCGCUCACUUGAUAAGGAGAGUAAAGCAGAUCGUAAAAUUACCAUCACUGGUACUCCGGAAUCGAUAAGUUUGGCUCAGUAUCUGAUAAAUACCAGUAUCCAGCUUUUUGCCAACCAGAAACCAUCCAAGUCAUCUUCUGAUACAACUAAUUCCACUGCUACCACAAGUGCUUCUGAAGAUGGAGAGUCCUCAACCUCUACUACCAACCCUCAACCUCUGAUGUCUGUUCCCACUCGUCCAGCUUCGAAGCCCAUUCCCAUUUCACAACUGUUUGGUCCAUCUUCAUUUGGCAGUGCAUAUAUGGCACCUCGUAUACCAUUUGGUGGUCCAUUUGGAGCUGGUAUAGUUGGUCCUUAUCCUGGACACGUUGGUAUAAUGGGCCCUGGUGCCUCAUUUAGCGCGGCGAUGCAAAAUGCAAGACGCGCUUUUAUGUCACGCUCGAGAUAUACAGGAUUUUCAAAUCGACCAAGGCAUAACUAUAAUCGUCGAAACAAAGAAGGAGAGUCCAGUUCUCUAAAGGCUGAAGAAGAGGAGGAGGGAGAAGUAUCACCACCUGGAGAGUCAUCACCAAAUGGGAAAGAUAAGAGAAAGACCAAAAGAGAGAAGUUUCAGCCCUAUUAAUUAUGUGGUGUGCAUGGUAAAUGUGACUGAUGCAAAGAAGGUGGUUGUUGUAUUAUGCAUGUAAUGCAGUAAUUCUAGUAGCUACAUGAAAUUGAUAUUUAGUUAAGUUUUUGUGGCUUGGUUGUGUAAUAUUGGACAGAACUUGAACUUUGUCAGUGUUUGGUUGCACCUUUCAGUUUACAGUGUAAUUCUGAUUAUAGUCUACUAUAGCUCUUGAUAUGAUGAAAUAACAUUGUGGGUGUUAUUUGGUUGAUGAAAUCACUCCCUUAUAUUAAAAUAUAAUAGAAUGUUGGUGCAAAAUUGCCUGCGUUAAUUUUUCACCCAUAAUCUACUUAAAUAUUAUUUUUUUUAGUUUUUUAAUACAUUUGACGUUGCGCAUUUCGUUUGUUCUUAUUCUAUUAAAUUGUACCACUGAA